UGAAACGUCAACUCACAUUUGCAUUUUUAAUCUGCUUCUCGUGAAGUGUAGGUGAAAAAACGAAAAGCAAAUAAAAACAUUGUCACUUUUUGCGUUCAAGCUUUUCAAUUCUUUAAAAAUUGUACCUUUUCUGGUCUGAAAAAGAUGAUUCCUCGAAAGUGAACAACGAAACCGUGGUGCGCCCCUACAGGAAAAGUGGUUCAUGUUUCUCUGCCGGAAAUUGACCGAGAUCGAUAAAAUGUUGGGACGACUUUCCGAAGUUCUGCAGAGUGCUGCCGAUGUGCUUGCACCGCCGCCAACUGCUCUCCAGGACUUUGACUACCACUACAAACUGGUGAAGAACUUCUACGUGGCCGACAAAACAUUGCCAAAGAUCCAUAUCAAUGACACAAACAUUCCCUUGCACCUGGAGCAAAUGCUACAGAUUCUGAUCCGAGAGGAGCAUGAAAUCAGCGCUGCUCUACGGAAAACAGAUCCUGUCGAUCCAAGCCAGUCGGACUCCGGUGACUCCGCUUCCAGUUGCAGCAAAUCUGAAGAGAUCCCGGUGGCGGAAUGUAUGGAGUUCGUUCUGAACAAUCGCCCGCUGGACGUCCUUGUGGAACUGGGAACUGGCGACACGCCACCGGGGGCUCGGUUGGUCAUUCUGAACUGGAUUCGACGGCUGCUGUCCUGCAUGAAGGAUCCGCCCCUGGGUCAUGCGAGCCUUUUUCAACCGGUUCAAAAACUGGUCGAGCUGUGCAAUGGUACCAUUGCUUCGCCGUACGAGAGGGAAGAAAUUCUUUUCCUGGAAACCGUAGCCGGUUUGGUGCGGAAGGAUCCAAUUUUGGCGAAUUUAUUCUUAAAAUCUCACCACCAUUCCGCACAAAUGUUGGCCAGCUGGAAAGGUCUUUCGGUCACGAAGACCCCCGUCAACAAUCCACUUUUUCAAAGUGCACGAAUCGAGUAUGAUUCGAGAAGGAUUUCCCUGGUAAAGGAGGACAAGGCUGGUGUGAAUAAUGGAGACGAUGCGGGAACGUCAUCGGCCGUGGUGGUUCCCAAUCUAAAUGAGGAGAGAGUGGCCGAAGCCAAAUGUGACUGUGAUGAUGAGGAACUAUUCGUUCUUUUCGAUGCCAUUGUAAGCUAUUUGGAUAGUGCAGACAGUACGAUAAUUGUUCGAGCAUGUGAAGGAAUUCUGAUACUGGCGUCACUACCGACUUUAAACAAGUCAUGUAACGCUGUGCGUAAUAGUUUGAGCCGGUUCAGCACAAUGAUGGCCGAUCGUUUGUCGAUUCACUGUCAGCAAAUACCGGAAGAUAUGGACACGGGAGAUAUCGAAGAUGCGAACGUAUCUUGGGGAUUGAUUCCACGAGACAGUGAACAGCCGCACUUUGUCGGAAGGUAUCAGUUGACAUCAUUCCUUUGUUGGCUGGAUUACUGUGACUGUUUGAUGAAGGAGAGUCCCACUGUGGCUCCGGAGCUAGGGGAAUUGAUAAGAACUCAACUGUUGAUCAGCUACAUCGAGCCGGGUUUGUUGGGCAAUUAUGCUCCCUUUAUGUUAGUUCUAACCGCAAAGAUCAUCAAGAAAACGCAGUCCCGAGCGCUACUGGAUGAAAUUGCUAACUGGCUUAUUGGAGAAGGCGAUAUCACGGAGAUUAACGGAACUGACUGUCUUCUAACCAUACUAAUUGAGAAUGCCCAUGAAAAUUCAGAUAUUCUCUUGCAAACUCUACAGUUCGUAGAAUCAUUGCUGGACAACCCACAUGAAAAGAUCCUUCACGGAAUGAUUUUCUUCUAUAUCAACAAUCGAGGAUACUGCGACAGCAAUAAACAAACCAUCCAGUCUUGGUCAGAUGAGGAGGAUAAUCGCGAGCGACGAAGAGGAAGCGCCGAAGAUCCGAUCAAGUCUCGGACACUCGCUCCAAACAACAUUCUCAAAGUGAUUAACCAUUUUCUGCUAUUAUUGCCCCGCCACAUUAUGAACGAUGCUGCCGGAAUCUGCUAUGAGGAGUACAUGCAAGACGCCAGUCGCCACUACCAAACAUGGAUCAAGAAAACUCACGGUUUCCAAUGGCCAGUGGAAGCAGUUUGGCCCGAAAGUCCCAAUAGAUCCCCCAGCAGUGAAGGAACCACGCUGGAAACUUUUCCCACAGUCAAGCCCAAAACCAACAAAACUAAGUCGGAACUAAGCGAUGUUCAAUGUGGUGAUAGCGGAAUAUCUGAGGAAAGCUUCUACGAGGGUCCGUUGCUAAAGCUUCUCUUUUCACACAUUAAACAGAUGAACACACAAGCCUACGAACUUAAUCUUGCCGUCAUAGCUAUUCUAUCUAAGCUAGCACUCUUCCCUCAUCCUUACUUGCAUGAAAUACUGCUGAGCCCGGAGAUACCGGUGGCCCCGGGCGCCACCACUCUAUGGUCUGUGAUGCAAUUCCUCGCCCGACAGCUGCUAACGGAAAUUCCACGGGUGGAAAAUUUCCAGGAACGGAUUUGCGAAACCGGCAAACGUUUGCUCUCCAAUCCACCAUUGUACCACAAGGACUGCGAGCACGAGCCCUCUCCGGCUCAGGAAGAAGAGGAAGAAAUCAAUGACCCCCUGUUCGAGUCCAUUGUAGUGCUGGAGGAGUUUUGCAAGGAGUUGGCAGCGAUUGCAUUUGUCAAGUAUCAUCAUGCCACGGAAUAGAUGGCAAACUGAGAGAAGGCCGACGAAAUUGUGCAUUGAAAAUUUGAAGUACAUACAUAGAUUAGCUAACUUUAUUUUUUUUUAAAUCUUAAAGUAAAAUUUUAAUCGUGUUGAGCUCGUAUCUAGUAUAAAUAUUACGCCCAACCCUGCAGUUUAGUUUAAAUAUUGAAAAACUUUGCUUUAAGAGGACGCAUUAGUGCUGCAAAAUAUUGUUCGUAAGAUAUUCGAAGGUGAUAUGAAUAUAAGCAUUGUCUAGUCGCACAUUAA